AGGUGGAGCCUGUACAUAGAAAAGCACCCAAAGCAAUUGAGAACAGUUACUGUUUCUCCUUGCUGCCAGACAGACACUGUGAGAAGCUGUACAGAAGAGUGGUUGGAGCCGAUAAGAAUCACUACUCAGCGUAACACAGACAAGCCACGUAGCAAGCCAGAAGACCCGUGGAACAUGUACAACAGAAGUCCCAAGUUCAAAGCAGUGGCCAAAAGACGCAGUCCUGUCCUGAUGAAAAAUGGUUUUCAAUCACUUUCCUUACCAGUAUGUACAGAAGCUUCUGCAGUGCCGCUGCCACCAGAUUUGGAUGAUCAAAUAGAUUUUCCUGUGACAGAGCAGACUACCAGAGAGUCUCAACAGGAGCAGAAGGUGUCCAUGAAGCUGCACGAAGGAGAACAGGACAUGGCAGCAGAACACACCUUGUACAAUCAGUAUGAGGAAAAGAUCCGGCCUUGCAUUGAUCUCAUUGACAGCCUGAGAGCACUUGGAAUAGAAAAAGACCUGUCAUUGCCUGCAAUUGCAGUGAUUGGAGACCAGAGCUCUGGGAAAAGCUCCAUCCUAGAAGCCCUGUCUGGUGUUUCUCUUCCUAGGGGCAACGGUAUCGUUACUCGAUGUCCCCUGGAACUUAAACUGAAAAAAAUACCCACUUCACAGGAAUGGAAAGGGAAAAUUUCUUACCGCAAUAUCAGUAUAGAGCUGCAGCAUGCAUCAGAGGUGGAGAAUGCAAUAAGUAAUGCCCAGGAUGUUGUGGCUGGUACAAACUGCAACAUUAGUGGAGAACUAAUUUCCCUAGAAAUCUAUUCCCCGGACGUCCCAGACCUGACACUAAUUGAUCUUCCUGGAAUUGCCAGAGUGGCCAUGAGGAAUCAGCCAGAAGACAUUGGGGAACAGAUCAAAAUGCUAAUUAAAAAAAUUAUUAGCAGCAAAGAGACAAUCAAUUUGGUAGUGGUGCCAUGUAAUGUGGAUAUUGCGACAACAGAAGCACUGAAAAUGGCUCAAGAGGUGGACCCUAAGGGAGAAAGGACACUUGGGAUCCUCACAAAACCUGAUCUGGUGGACAUAGGAACUGAAGAGUCCAUCAUUAGCAUAGUACAAAAUGAGGUCAUCCCCCUUAGAAAAGGCUACAUGAUUGUGAAGUGUCGUGGGCAACGGGACACCGACAACAAACUGGCCUUGGCUUCUGCCAUCCAGCAGGAGAGACAAUUCUUCAAGACUCAUAAAUACUUCAGCAUUCUUCUGGAUCAAAACAAGGCUACUAUUCCUCAUCUGGCAAUGAAGCUCACAAAUGAACUUGUGGCACAUAUUAUUAAAACUUUGCCUACCAUCGAGAACCAAAUACGUGAGGUGCUGCAAAAAUCAGUGCAGGAACUACAAAUGUACAGACGAAGCACACCCACAAUAGAAACAGAAAAGCUGGCUUUCCUCACAGAUUUGAUCAAACUAUUUAACCAAGAUGUCUCUCGGGCGAUACGUGGAGAGGAACACUUGCUUGGAAAUGAAAACAGACUUUUUGCAAAACUCCGCAAAGAAUUUCAAACAUGGGGACUAAUUCUCAUGGAAAAUGCUGCCAAGGUUCAAAAAAGCAUACCCAGUAAAAUAUGGAAAUAUGAAGACCAGUACCGUGGACGGGAGUUUCCAGGCUUUAUCAACUACAGGACAUUUGAGGACAUUAUAAAAGAGCAAAUCGUAGACCUAGAGGAGCCAGCUAUUGUGAUACUGAACAACGUGAUCCGACUGGUUGAAGAGAAAUUUCUGGAGCUCACUAACAAGCAUUUUGCUAAUUUUCAAAAUUUAAAAAGAGCUGCUCAGACCAGAAUUGAUGUCAUUAGAGAUAUACAAGCAAUGAAUGCUGAAAAUCACAUCCGGAACCAGUUUAAAAUGGAGAGAAUCGUAUACUGCCAGGAUAACAUUUACUUGGAUGAUUUAAACUCUACCAAGGCAGAAAUACUCAGCAAAGACAGUGGGAAGGAGAUCAGUUUUGGAUCUGUUUCAAAUCAGAAUGCCAUCUUCGUCCAGGAAAUGAUUUCUCACACGAAGGCCUAUUUUACUGGAGCAAGUAAACGCCUCUCCAAUCAGAUUCCUCUGAUCAUCCUGUCUGCUGUCCUUCAUGACUUCGGAGACAACUUGCAGACCUCAAUGUUGCAUCUUUUGCAAGAAAGGGAAAAAUUAAACAUUUUACUUCAAGAGGACAGUGAAGCUGCUAAAAUUAGGAGUUACCUCAGUGCCCGAGUUAAUCGUCUCAGCAAAGCCUACCAGUGCCUGAAGGACUUUAGCUGCCUGUAGAUUUCUUCACUUUUCAGACAUAUUUUUCUACUUUUGUUUUCUAGCAUUACUGAUGUAAAAUCCUCUAAAAUAUAACAUCAGCAGUGACCUUUACUGCCAGUUUCUCAAAUUUUCAAGAGUGGUCAAUUCUGUCUUAUUUUCCACAGUCACACACACACGCCUACUCUUGUUUAAAAUUCUCCAUUAGGAGAGAUGUGGUUAAAUGAAUGUUAUCCCAUUUCUAAAUGUUCAUUUUAUAAACUUUAUCUACUGUGCAUCAUUGAAAUAUUUUUUAAAGAAAAGCUUGAGCUCCAAGUUUGGUGGGUCUGGUGUUGUUACACUUACUGCCCAUCCCUAGUGUUCCUCUGCUUCGCUCUGUGUUUGUGCUGGUUGUUGUAUUUCCUGCCCUUGCCUGAAAGAUGCCUGUGCAAGGUGUCAUCACUAUUAAAUCUCAUCCCAGCAGGUAGAGAUGGUGCUCACAGUGAGUAUGAAACAGUUCCAGCCCAAAGGGAAAUAAAGUUAACUACAUCUGAUAAGUAUAUCCCCAGGAUGAUGUUAGAUCUGCUUCUCCUUUAUCAGAUCUCUGAGUUGUAGAGAAACCCUAACACUCCUGUCUUUUGGAUGCCUGGAGCCUUGGUUGAAAUUUUGGGUCUGAUGGAGGAUUCACUGGACAGCUGGAUUUAGAUGUCCAUAACAGAUUAAACCACCCAGGACACUGAACACUGGAAGGAUGUCUCAGCAUGGGGGGUUAGUACCUGUCAUUUUACCCUCCAAAGGGCGAGGAAAACCUUUCCAAAAGCUGUCUUUCGUUUCAUGGAAGCCAGUACAAAACGUAAUACUGCACUGUAUUUGUGACAUCUUUCACCUGGAGGAUUUAUUUUGUGGGCAAUGCUGUGCUACGGGCUGCAUAGAGCUAAAAAAAACACAUGCCUAUGACAGUUUGUCAUGAAAGGAUUUUCAAGAUGGUUACAAGCAAAGCCUUCUCUUCAUAACACUGCAGCAGCAGAUGGCUGACUUCUGCAGCACAGCACUCACCCCAGUGGAGCAUAGAGCUUUUACAACCCUGUUCAGGACUAUCGACAGUUUUCCACAUUUGCUACUGUAGACUUGCAAUACUGCAGUUCACAAGCCAUAUAACGGCCUGAUACCAAAACAAUGAACAUACUUAAUUUCUGUUUUGAACGCACUUCAAAUUCAAUGACUACUUCAUGGUAUCCCCCAAGGCACACUUGACAUUAGUGCCAUUGAAAACACCCUGUAGCACCUUGAGAAAAGAGGCAGGUGCACAUUGCUUCAGGCUGCAUGAGAUGCAAUAACAAAACAGGGUGCAAGUGCCUCAACCCACUGCCUUCAGGCUAAGCUUCCUUUCACCUCAGUUUCACCAGUCUGAGUGAUUUCAUCAGACCCAGCCACUGAAGACAUCCAGCACUCCUGGACAUCCAGCUCUUCUCCUGGAUUUCUCUAAGGACCUGAAAUACUGGAGUUAAAGAAAUCUCUUGGAUCACCCUCUUACGUGUUUUCGUUGUCUUGUUUCUUUUUUUCUUAAAUCAUAUUCUCAGAGGAUUUCAGACACUGAAUUCACCAAUUGCUUCCAAAACAUCCCAGACAGAAACCACCACAAAGGAAAUUUAUUUGUAAAAAAAAAUAUAUUUAUUUGGCGCAGUGUUUUCAUGCAAGAUAAUUGCAUUUCAGUACCAAAA